CACAAGCGGAUUCCGAAGUGAGGACUGUAAAAAAAUAAGCGUCUCGUCCCAGCUGCCAACACUCUGCUCAAGGAGCACGAUCUGUAUUCACGCUCUGUUCCUGGCUCGGCAUCCCUCCUCACCCUCCUCAUUCUUGCUCAUCCUCACCCUAAUCCUCCACCCGCCGGUCGUUCCACGCCGCGCUCCGCCGCUUCUCAAACUGACAGCCUCCUGGGAUUUCCACCCAACAAGUUAUUCCGGAUCACCUCGUUGCCAAUGUGCGAGCGCGUCUGGCGGAGCGCGCUGGUCGGCUGAAGCGUGCACUGAGCGGCGACCCGAGUUCGAUGCCUGGCUACGACUACUGGCGGCUGAUAUCGGGACCUGUUGCUGCGACUUCGACUAGAUCGACUCAGCCUUAAUACACGAGCGCCUGUUGCGGUAUGUAAGCAUAAGCACAAGCGGGGAGACAAAGGCGGCUGGACGUGGUGGUGGUGGUGGUGGUCACACCACAGCAUCUCCUCGUGCGCCUUACCGGACUAUAAUAGGUGCUCGCUAACAACACUUUGCUCCAACAGUUUGUUAAAGACUGUACGGGAACCUUUGUGGUGUGUGUAUGGACAAUUCAUUUACAUAACACGCAUGCCAACGGCAUUUUAAGCAGCUACCGCGCGCGUUGAAGAGAGGCGAGGAGGGCAACGGAGGAACAGAGACGAGGUGGAGGAGGAGAAAGAGGAGGUAGACGGAAGAACAGCAACAGCGGGUGGUGGGGGGGGCAUCGGCAGCAUCAUCAACCGACGGUGUCUCCUCGCCUGCACCACCGACAUGAGCGCUCUGCGCGAGAAAGAGAACGAGCCCCUGAGCCCGGGGGGCCCUGUGCCCCUCGCCAUGAGCGAGCCCAGCCACGCGGAGUCCCCGCUGGCCAGGCUGAGGAAGACGCUGUCCUUCAAGUCGAAGGCGCUGCAGAGACGCAGCCAGAGCGACCACAACGUGCUCCAGCGCUCGGCGGUGCUGAGCCCCGCCCUUGGGAUUCCGCCGCCGCUGCUGCCCGACUCGGUCGUGCGGACCCGGCGGCCGGGCCGGGCCCGCAGCGAGCCCGGCAGGGAGGGCAGCUCGCAAGGGGCAGGCGAUUACGGGGAUGACGACGAGCCGCGACGCCGCUGCCCUCCGACCUCGCCGCGGAUCCAGCCGGGGUGCCCCGAGCGCAGGCACUCGUUCCAGGACCACAGCUUCAAGAAGCCGACCUUCUGCGACGUCUGCAACCGCAUGAUCGUCGGCACGGACGUGCAGCCGGUCAGCAAACUGGGCAUCCGCUGCAAGACUUGCAAGAUGAGCGUGCACCAGCGGUGCCAGGCAUGCGUCAACCAGCAACGCUGCGUUGGGAAGAUGCCGAAAGGGUUCAGGAGGCAGUCCAGCUCUCCAUUGCUUCUGAACGGGCAGUUUGCCUGCAUCAAAGAAGUCAUGCCCCUCGCGUCUGGGAACAAGCUGGACCCGGUGUACGAGGCGCUGCGCUAUGGAACCUCCCUGGCCCAGCAGAGACGCGCGCAGGCGGCGGCGGGGGAGGCGCCCUGCAGCCCGCGCGAAGACAGCGCGGAUUUGUGCGAAACUGAGGAAGAGGACGAGGACACCAACGGAGAGGGCCCCGAGGGUCGGAGGAGUUGGGCCCGGGGCGUGUGCCACACAGCAGAGGGACGACUAAGAAAGCUGAGUCUCGAUGACAAGAGGGUAGUCUUCUCACAGGGAGGCACGCUGGCAACGGAACGCCACCAUAACGCCGACCUCGCCCUCGCUGCGUGCCCCCAAGCCGGCGAGCGGGACCGCUGGCAGCGCCGAGCGUCGGUGCCGGCGUCGGCCGCGGCCGCCCGCCGCGACUUCAGCCAGCUGUACACGUUCGUGGCGCUGCACCGGUUCGGCACGCGCGAGAAAGACGACCUCGCUCUGGAGCCGGGGGACAGACUGAGCAUCCUGGACGACUCCAAUGAGGAGUGGUGGAAGGGCAAGCUCGGGGACAGGGUGGGAUACUUCCCCGCGAACUUCGUGGUGCGCGUCCGUCCCGGGGAGCGAGUCUUCCAGGCGCUGCGCACCUUUGUGGGCAACAAGCAGCUGGGGCAGCUCACGCUCAAGCAGGAGCAGUGGGCGAGCGUGGUGGGAGGAGGAGGGGGUUAUCGGAUCGCCGCUCCGCGUCUCUCGUCACGUCGGCACCGUCGGCGUGUGUUCUCCUCCCCACGGGCGCCGCCGUCCGCGCUGAGAGAUUGGAAUGGAACGCUGCCGUUGGUCACGCGAAGCGCCGAGGAGGCAGCACCUGAUGUUGGGCACAGUUGAUCCGGCCGAUGUGCUGCUGUAAAUGCGACGGAUGGGAUCUCCUUCGUCUUUAAGCCGGGAAUAAACGUUAGGCCUUUGCAGCGGCUGCAGCAGCAUGGGAUUGUCCUAAGGCGUUGUUGUCAAGCUCCAGCCUGAUUGCAUUCGAAUGAAGACUCCAAAUAAAUUAGCAGACUUUGCCCUGAGCACAACUGUAGUUUCUCACGCUUGAUGGCUGUAAAGGGUGAAGAGUUUGAACCUGCAGAUGCGAGAAAUGUGGAUUUAGCCUAACUGGAUGUUACUGUUAAGCACUGUAUUCUAAUAUACCAACACAUUCUCAUUUUUGAAGUAUUAAUUUAAUAGGAGGAUGAAAUGAAAACCAUUUUAUAAUUGGUUGUGUGGGUUAUUUGACUAUUUGCCAAAUGUAUAAAAAUUUGCUAUUCCAAAAAAAACACAAUCGUCCUAGUAUAGUUUUUGCUGCCCUUAAUUAUGGGCUCAAAAGAAGCCUUAAUAAUAGCACCCAAACCUCGACACGUGUUAUAAAGUGACACUAAUACAAUGUUGGGGAGGAGUAGCAGCAUAGUGGUUAAAGUUAAUGCAUUAACGACUGCGAACGUCACCUGAAGUAAAUGUUCGGCAACAGCUGACAUCACUGGAAAUUGAUAUCUGAACUCAGCUCCCCCCUUCACCAACCCGCACUGACCAGCAUGGUGAAGUAUGGUCAAACAAACCUUCACAACCGACACAGUACGGAAGAGGCCUUCCAACCGGCAGGCUAUUAACAAAGGGCAUGAAAUGACUAAACUGUUUGUGACAUUCAACUUCAACUGUGGUCAGAUCCAAUCCAACAGUGGCCUCCGCGUGUAGUGAUUUAGAGCUGCACAAGUAGCGAUGUCCAGUAGAGGUAAAGAAAAUUGCUACAAAACACGGCCACGUUUGCAUCAUUGGCCCACACUCGGUGAGCAGGUGACAGUGUUGGCUGGUGUCACGCGAGUCGGCUUGGGCACGCCACGAUGCUCGAACGGUGGAUGGUCAAACAUAAUUACGGAAUGGCAGCCAAGGAAUGGAACGCAUCCAAGAGUCUGUCCACUAAGUGGCGACUGAGCGACAAAAUCAGCUUGGUGUGCGGGUGCGAGGUGGAUUGUUGCAAACGGGCAUUUGGGAGCCCUUCAUCCAGCAGUGGAUUUACCAUGGCUAACGAUGAUAAUGGUCAGCGAUGUGUACAGCGGCGUUAAAGAAACGGCUGGCGUGGCUACAUUAGCAUUUUCGCUUCAUUAGCUCAGUCACAGUUAACAGCAGAGGUGGGACAAAGUCAUUGUUAUGCAAGUCCAAGUCGAGUCUGAAGUCAUCAAAUUCAUGACUCGAGUCUGACUCGAGUCCAAGUCACAUGACUCGAGUCCACACCUCUGGUUAACAGCAUUGGCUGAUUGUCCCAGCUCUGGAAUCUGGAACAUGAAACCAUCACGAGGCAGCGGGAGACUUGCGUUUGUAAAUUUGAGUGAGCGGGACCAGCGAGUGAGCAAGUGUGGACGUUGGCUACGCGACGCGUGCACAAGUCGAUAAAAAAAAAAUCCAAAUGCCGGGAGGCAAGCACGACCAACGAGAUGACAGUGCCGUUGCAAGUGAGCACCAGCAAGUCGCUUCGUUCUGAUGCUUCCACUGAAUGCUUGUGUCUCGUUCGGCCAAGCACAUAAUUAGGAUAAAUUAAAAGUGAGUUUGCAAAUGCAUAAUGAAUCAAAUAAAAUGUGCAUCGGCUUCAUGUUCAGCCCGGCAAGAUACUUCAUAACUUCAAACCAACAAAACGCACGCAUUCAUCAAAGGGGUGUUUUUCGUGGUUCCCCAUUGCACUCCAAACUAUUCCCUGGAGCAUGGUCAAUAUUGAUUGGUACGUUGGCCCCCAACAUUCCGGAUGGCUGUGAGUUCUGCAAGACCCUUUUAAGAGUAAGAAUUUGCACUUUGUAUUCGAGAGACGAUGUGUGGUGCAGCAUCGGCGAUGGAAAUUUCCGGUUGUAAAAAAGUAUCUUCUCUUUCAAGAAGGUAUUUUUAACGACAGCCAUGUGGCGUUGAGAUGCUCGUUAAUCUUAAUUACUGUUAUCAAGAAAAUAGCCCUGAAAGAUUACGAAUUAACUUUGCCAUGCCAUAAAAUUAAUCAUUUGCUAAUUAGCAAUCCGUUCCUCCCAUUGUGAUAACAGCAAUUAACUUGCAAUGUUAUCGGCUGUCUGCUGUGUAUAUCGGGUAUGACUCGCAUAAUGAAUGUCUGGACGGCCACAUUGGUCGUGCCCGAUUUCUCAAUUACCUCCACAGGUGUGCGUGGAGAAAGGUGGAGAAUCAAGUGGCUUCAUCAAGGUGUCCAAUGGGCGCAAAGUUGGCCUGGUGCCUCAAGAGUUCCUGGAGGAGAUCUAACACUACCGCUCCUGAUCAUCGCAGCCAGAGUCAAAUUCCCGGUCACACCUAUUGCGUGCGUCUGCCACCAUUCCGCAUGGCUUCUCGAGCCCCCAAACUCAGCUACACCAACGCAAUCCACCUCCGCGCCAACCCAGCCUGACAUUCCUUCCUGUGAGCUGACGCUCUGUCGUGGAUGAGUAAAACUCUCUCGUCACCUUCGAAGCCGGAGAGCGAAUGGCCGCGUUGUGGGUGUGGGAGCUGCUUUUGAUGAGAACAACUUUCCAAACGGAUGUCUCCAUCAUCGGUGACAAAUUGAGAAGGUGGUUGAGAAACAACAGCGUCACUUUGCAUCGUCGGAGACAGCGGCUGUGGUUGGCACAUCUGAGGUACAAAUAAAACUGGGAUCAAAGAUGGAAAGAAAUAUAUAUAUCUCAAUAUGGGAAGAGGGGAGCACUGCACGAGUAUUAUUAUUAUUAUUACGCAUCUGACAAAAUCCGCGACUAUUAAGGUCUCGGGAAAAUGAUUCAUUUCCCAGGAUGGCCAUCUCAUAAAGAGGACGCCCCUGGGGGAGGGGGGGGGGCGAACAACCCCAGCAGAGGCGUCUUUCGUGGCAUAGUUUGUGACGCUCACCAGACCUCUAAGACUUCAGAAAUUCGGCUGAGGAACAUCGCCAAAACGAGCCGAGCAGAGCUGACGACUCGUGAAGCAGAGGCGGCGCAGCGUUUGUCGUGUGCAUCGUUGUCAUCGUCGACUGGAGGGGUGUUAUUUUACAACCCUCGACUUGAACUCUUUUGCGAUAACUUACUGAUACUCUGAUGUAGCACCGACAGUCGUCUUCAGAACAGCAGGUGAGCGGGUUCAGCCUGUCAGAGCAUAUAUUAUUGUUUAGUUUUGGUCAGAGUUGACUUGUAACUUUGUCCCCUCUAAAUUAUUCCACGUUUAAAGAUCAGGGUAUGUAUGCAAAGCAGUCGAUUUUCACUGUAGGAGAUGACACACACUUUUCCAGUCACAACCAAAAACAUGUUGCACUAUUAAUGUUGGAUUGAUGUGUUUAAAUUGAGACCAGCCUUCAAAGGUAAAAGUAAGAGUAAAUGUUAAAGUAUUUGCGGUUAACACGUAUCGAAUUAACAUAUAAUUGGUUUAAUGUGUACGGUAACAAUAAUUGUGGCCCUGAUUUCGAAUCCAGUAAAGGAGAGAGGCCGCCUAUCUUGGUGACAGCAGCCAUGCAAUAACAUACCUCAAUACGAAAGAGAACACAAAAACAGACUGGGUAUAAAUAGUUAUGUUUUUUUUCCCCUCCCAUGCAAAGUGUUCGGAAAAUGUAGCUGUUGAAUAAUUUGUUGGAUGCUUCUUAAUUAGCACAAAAUGUUCCUCGCUGCCUCCGUAACGCAUUGAAAUUCUUCCUUUAUGUUGCGUGGAAUGACCACCUAAAGGCCACGCUGGCUUGGAAUUUUACUUUAAUUUCCUCUUGAAAAUGUAUUAAUUUUUCAUUUUCUCAGCUUGUGGUCUCAGAAAUUACUUUGUGCAGUCACCACACAAUAUCUUUGGCACGCGUUUUGAUGGCACUUUCUCAACGUAUCGCAUUAGAUGCGUAAACAUUUUAUUUCGUGCACAUUUAUAAAUGCAUUUUGUGUGUCUCCUGUAGCUUAUUUCAGUAUCCCUUAUGUCAAUAUCUUGAGCAAUCUUUUGGAAUGUAAUUUUUCUUGCAAGCCAGUGGAGUUUUUU